AUGCCACUUGCGUUGGCCUUCGUCGACUACUACAAGGCAUUCGACAGCGUGGAGAUCAACGCCGUCUUGAAUGCUCUUGCCUCCGCCGGAGUCGCCACGAAGUACGUCGAGCUGAUCGCCAACAGCAACGAGGGAACGUCCACGACCAUCCAGCUGUUCGACAAGAAGCUUUCGAUCCCCAUCAGGAAAGGUGUUCGCCAGGGAGAUACCAUCUCCCCAAGUUGUUCUCCACGGCACUAGAAGACGCGAUGCGCCAACUUGGAUGGGACUAAGAGCACGACUGGGAAGACAGUACAGACAUCAGAGGCAUCAACAUCGACGGCAAGGUCCUCACAAACCUCCGCUUCGCCGACGACAUCGUACUCUUCUCAAGCUCCACCACCGAACUUUCCUCUAUGCUGAACGAUCUGGACGAAGUCGGCAAGAAGAUCGGCCUUAAGAUGAACGUCAAGAAGACGCAGUGGAUGAAGAACCGCUUCUGCGACCAAGGCAAAAGUCACCCUUGA